AUGAUGAUUAACAACUCUGGUAUAAAAGAAAAAAUAGAAAGUCUAUUUUCUGUUAAAGAAGCAAAGCUUUUAUUUGAUAUUGACAAUUUUGAAGGCUUGAAGCCAAUAAAAAUAGAGCAAAUCAUAAAAUAUUUCAAAAUCAAAGAUCUAUUUGCUGUUGAUGUUGUGUCACAAACCUCAAUUUCUCAAAAUAUAAAUAAGAACUGACAAGGAUGAGAUCCAACUUGCUUGCUAAAUGAUGACUCUGUGUUUUGUUGCUUUGAAUCAGAAACUUUUAUUAUAACUCCAAAACUCAAUAAUCCCUUUGAAUUCUUCUCGAUACAGUAA